AUGCGACCUUCAAACCCUCCCGUUGUGAGCGAUGAGAUCGACCCUUCGACGAUCUUCAAGCUUCCUGGCCCGCCUUAUUCUGCCGAAAAACCACCAUAUUCAUAUGCCGCCUUGAUCGGGCAAGCACUGAACGCUGCUCACCGUAAACGUGCUUGCCUGGAUCACAUUUACCUGUUUAUCUCCACAGUUUAUCCCUACUACAAACGAGGGGAGCAAGCGUGGCAAAAUUCGAUUCGUCAUAACCUAAGCCAGAACUCCAGCUUCACCAGACUAAAACACCCAUCAGGUGGGCAGCAUGGCGAAUGGGCUAUCCGAGAAGAAGACAAGCACUGCUUUGUAGAUGGUGGCUUUGUUCGUUCUGCUCGUCCUGUCGAGAUGGGAAGGAAAAGGCGGCGUAAAGGCGCAUUCGAUGAUGAUUCUGAUCUGGAGGAAGACGUCUCACCGCGAAAGCGAGCCAAGAAAGGCUCAGGAAAGUUCAGUACGAAAACAGAACGCGCUGAAACUGAUGCUCGGCAUCGUCUGCCAUCCCCACCUCCCUCCGAGAAAGUGAACUACGGAGAUGAGUUUCACCUUCCUUCAAGACAAGAGAUCAUGGCACGAGCUCGCAAUAGUGAUUCUAUCAUCCCUACAGCAAAGAAAUCUCAGAGAAAAGGGAAGAAAGAUGUUCGGAGCAAACAACCUGCAAAAAGAAAAAAGAAGAAACAUUCUGAAUCGGAAAUGGAAGAGGCAUCCGAAGAGGAGGAAGAAUCUGAAUUCGAGAUGGAUACUCUUAGUCCCCUUUUCGGCAAAGGCAGACCAUUGAACGGAGAUUUAACAAUGUUGGCUCCAAUAAAGAGACGUGAAGAUGACACGACUUCGAUGGAUGAACCACUCGCUUUUGAAGGGCGCUCUUCUAAGGCUAGCUCGAUCUCUCCACCAUUAGGAUCUGUCCUCUCGGAGUUGCCGUCGGAGACACAGUCCGAGGUCGUAUCAGAAGAAGAGGAUCCAGACGAUAUUCAAGCAUCGGAUGGCCCUGAAGAUUCUAAUCCUAUCAGUGUCCAUACAAGCUCACAGAAUUUAAUGGAACGAACUGUCGAAAGUGCCAGAACUAAAUUGAAUAUCGACAGG